CGUCAUUACAAAGCAUUUUGUGAGUGAACGGAAAAAUAAAAAAGUUUGGAUUUUCCGAUAAAAUCGGUUAAGGAAUCACAGUAAUCUUAGGACAAAGCAGAAAUUUGAUCAAAAUGGUUCUGGAAAGUACAAUGCUAUGUUUCGAUAAUAGCGAUUAUCAGCGAAACGGCGACUAUUUUCCAACGCGACUCAACGCACAGAAGGAUGGCGUAAAUUUAGUUUGUCUUUCUAAGGUUCGUUCCAAUCCGGAAAACAACGUUGGCUUGCUGACGUUAUCUAACACAACCGAAGUGCUAGCCACGCUUACUAGCGAUGUUGGAAGGAUUCUGUCCAAGUUACAUCUGGUUAAUCCGGGAGGCGACAUCAACUUGUUGACGGGACUAAGAAUUGCUCAUUUAGUUCUCAAGCAUCGUCAAGGAAAGAACCAUAAGAUGCGAAUUGUGGUUUUUGUGGGUUCACCAGUGGGCCACGAUGAGAAUGAAUUAGUCAAGCUGGCUAAAAAACUGAAGAAGGAGAAGGUUAAUGUUGACAUUGUUAGUUUCGGAGAUCAUCAGAAGAACAAUGACGUUUUUACUUCCUUUAUAAAUGUAUUGAACGGUAAAGAUGGUACUGGGUCGCAUUUGGUGUGCGUUCCCCGAGGAUCGGUUCUUUCUGAAGCCCUUAUUUCUUCCCCAAUUAUACAAGGAGAAGAUGGAACUGGAGCUGCUGGCUUAGGCGGAGCUGGAUUUGAGUUCGGGGUUGAUCCCAAUGAGGAUCCAGAAUUGGCUCUGGCUUUGCGAGUGUCAAUGGAAGAACAACGGCAGCGUCAAGAGGAGGAGCAACGCCGCGUGCAGGCCACCAGCGGUGCCGAAGCGAGUGGUCAGGAAGGAACCUCUUCUGGUGGAGUUGCGUUGGCAAGCCAACCGAACACGGAAGAAGCGCUGCUAGAGCGUGCUCUUGCCCUGUCGACCGACGAUGCGAUGCCUGACUUUGCAAACAUGACCGAGGAGGAGCAGAUUGCGUUCGCAAUGCAGAUGUCGAUGCAGGAUGCCCAGCAGGAGACGCCGAUUUCACAACCAGCGAAGCGCCAGAAGAAGGAAGAAACUCCGAUGGAGGUUGACGAGGAUAUUAACGAGGUGAUUGCCGAUCCGGAGUUUUUACAAAGUGUACUGGAGAAUUUACCCGGUGUCGACCCCCACUCGGAAGCCAUUCGCGAUGCCGUUGGCUCAUUGAACAAGGAUAAGAAGCAGUCUGACAAAGAGGGCGAUAAGAAGUAAUCUUUGGAAUGAAAUACUUUUGCUAAUCUUAUACAAUUAAUUUUUCAUUUAUUCUGCAAAAUGCCAGCUUAAUACAUGAUGCGAUAGUGCGAAUUACUACGUGCAGAGAAGGAGUGAA